AUCGAGGCUUUAUGAUAAACACGGUGACACUAGUAGAGCAAUUGAGUAUAUAAAUAAAGCAUUAGAAGUAAUGCUAACUUCGCUUCUACCAGAUCAUCCUACCUUUGCUACAGUCUACAGGAACUUAUCGAUGAGUUUAUACGGGCAGGGUAAAUUCAACGAAGCUUUAAUUAAUAUGAAAAAAUCACAUGAAAAUCUAGUAAAAAAUAUUGUCCACCAGAAUAUCCAGAUAUUUUUGAAGCUGAAUGGGCAAUUGAAAGAAUUGAACUAAAAAUUCGACAAGAACUACGCAAGUUUAUUAAUCAAGAGGAACUUUUGGAAAUUUUUGCUGAAAAUUUUAGUUCAUAAUGCACUAUAGUAGUAUCUAUUGCUAUUUGUAUGACGAGACAUGUAAUGAACAAAAGGACUUAAGUUUUUUAGGUUAGGUAUAAUCCUUUUUAUUUUGUCUGAAGUUAUGUUUUUUGUUUCAUUCUUCUGAUGCUAUUUUGCUUUUGUAUUUUCUGUUGACAUAGAAUUAGCGGGGCGGGGAGGGGGAGUUGACCUGCCAAACUUUUUGUUGCCCCUAGCCCGUAAAAUUUUUCUUUAGUCCGAGCUCGUGAGCCCGACUCCAUGAAAAAAUUCAUUUGUCCCAAGACGGUUUUGUACCGCAAAAGAGAACCACGGGCUUUCUCGUACUGUUUACGCCGUUCUUUUAAAAAGAGCUGUCGCUAUCGCACGGCACAACUGGAACACACAGCAUCUUCUUAAAACUUGAACAAUGAAGGAAGGAAAGGAGAAUUCGAAAAUUGUUUCGUCUGAUCCAGUCAGCACAUAAUGGAAAAUAUGAGAAAUCUUUGUUUCUGUCUGAUCGUUUCAUUGAACUUCUCAUCGUCAUCAGAGAAUUGUAUUUCUUUAUCUAUUCAUUAAUUAUGUCACUUGUUAAUGCUGAGAGUAAUAAUAAUUUGAAAACAAAGUUACAAGCACUGGUCACAGUGAAAGAUCCAACGAUUUCAUUCAUUAAACCGGCUAUCAGUCGUAGUGAUUGUUGGACAUCAUUUUCUCGAAUACAAUUAUCGAAAGUUUCCCAAGACUACGUUGUUUGUUUAUCUUGUGGCAUUGUUUUGAAAUAGAUUAGUGAACACGGCACUAAAGUAAUGAACACUCACAGUUAUCCAAAGAAAAAUGGUAUAAAGAGUAUCACACCAAAAGGACGUCAACGUAUGAUCUCAUCUUAUUGUGAAGUACAACCAAAGGAUUAUGCAACAAUUAAACACCAACUAACAGAAGCGUGUGUCGAAUAUUGUGCUGUUGACAGUCGUUCAUUUGAAUCUGUAUCUGGUGACGGUUUUAUCAGCUUAGUCAAACAGUUAAUGAAUGCUGAAGCAAUAGUCGGUACGGCUGUACCAGUAAAAGAAUUAUUGCCUCAUCCAUCUACAGUAUAUCGUUUAAGGGGAAGUAGUACAUUCGAAGGACAAUCAUUUACGCGUUUUCUCACGUCGAAUAAUUCAACAGAGAUUGAUCAACUUUUCAUUGGGGGUCAAAUUAAAAAACAAAAUCAAAUUGUUGAUCUACCAUAUGCACCGGGGUUCAUUAAAGUGCAUUGUAACAAUAGUGGUUUAGAACAGUUUACUAGCUGCGAUUCGAACAAUGACAUCUAUUUUGAUGGUGUAAAAUUUAAGCAACAUUUAUAUGAAUGUAUUGCAUCGAAGCGACAAUUAUUUAAUAUUGAAUUAGAUAGUGUUUCAUCAAUUGAGACCAGUGCCAGUGUACCGUCUACAUUGAAUUUUUCCAGCACAAGAUUAAAGUUAAUCUUUGAUAUAUUUCAACAAAAUAAACUCAAUCAAUGCUCAGCACAGCCACGGUUACGUCAACAAUGCGAAGUCUAUCAUCAAUUAUUAGAAAAAGGGCGACAAUGGAUUACAUUUGCGAUUGAAAAACUGUCAGCUCAUUAUUGUGAACAUUACUUUUUAAUGAAUGUGAAUAUACUUGAACAUUAUUCUUCAAAAUUGUUAGACAGAGCAGUUAAUAGGCUACAAUCGUUAGUAACUAUUCCAUUAUUCGACGAAGAUCCAAUAGAUAUGAUCAAUGAGAGUGACUUCAACAGUAAUGAUAUUAAUAGAAAAAACGAUGAAGAAAUGAAUGCUCAACGUCAUUAUGAUCUGAUUUUAUUAGAAUAUUUUCCACACUAG